CUGUCCUUUAAUUGGACAGAUCAGUGUCUGUCCUGUGAUUGGUGGCUUUCUUUCCAGCAGGAAGUUGUGAACAGAGUUUAAAAGCUGCUGCAGGACUGCAGACAUUCACAAGAAGCUGGAUCAGCAAUGGCUCUGCUGAAGAUUCUGCUGCUGCUGCUGGGGCUGGGUGUUUCAGUGAACUCAGAUGUUUCUCGGCAGAAGAGAAUCAUUGGAGGUCAAAACUGUGAUGACAGGGAGCGUCUUUAUUAUGUUCAGCUGGAGUUCAAGAGAGGUAAUAGAAAGUUUGGCUGUGGAGGAUCUCUGAUCCAUUCUCAGUGGAUCCUGACUGCAGCUCACUGCUGGAAGUUUUCGCCAGGAUGGACUAACGUAGUAAAAUUAAGAGUUCAUCCAUCGGCUGCUGGGGAGCAGAGUCAGGUAAUCCGACAAGCUCCUGAGAUGUAUUCUCACGGCGACCAACACCAUGGCAUUAUGUUGCUGAAGCUUGAGACACCAGUAACAGAUUUCCCAGUUGCUCAGCUACCAGACUGCAACAAUCGUCUUAAAGUAGGUGAUACUGUUCAGCUGGCAGGAGAGGGACCAAUGAGAACCGCACACAUAAAUCAGCAAACGAUCGGUUCUGCUACUCCAUCACAUCUUCAGUGUGUCAACAUGAAAGUUGUUAAGUUUUCCGGUUAUAUCCCAAUAUUUGGCCAUGUAUUCUAUGUUGACGCACCCAUAAAGUAUGUAUGUUAUGCUGACUAUGGUGGAGCAGCGAUGUACAACAACAUGAUUUAUGGUGUGAUUACUCUUGGUCACCCACACUCCGCAUGUCAGAGACCAGCUGCAGUCAUUGAUGUGUGUGAAUACAUGGAGUGGAUAAAACAAAAAACUGGAAUUCAAUAAAACACAAACCAUGAAAUAAAAUUCUCAACAAAUUUCUUCUAACAUGUAAUUUUAAAAUUGUAUCUUCAUCAGUUUGAUCCACGUUUGUAGAAUUAGAAUAAAUUAAUUGUUUUUUGUCUCACCUGAUCUUCACCUCCCUAAUGGAGUUUUCUUUUCACCUCAGAAAUGAAAAAUAAAUUAAUAAAUGCAUGAAAAAGA